AUGAAGGUAUCAAAUGGAAAAAACAUAAAUAUGUCCUCCUUCAGCGAAUAUAUAGUCCUACUAGGGCUGCUACUUGUGAAUAUAUCAGUUUUCAUGUUGCGUAACGUGUUGUUGAUUGUGCAAUAUUUAAGUCAUACGUUCCCACGGGCAUCUGAUCUAGCCACCACUGGUCUCUUGAUAUAUUUGUUUUACAAGAUUCUGCGGCGGCUCUUCACCAUGUGGAUAAAACUUUUAACAUCGAUUGUUAAAUUCACGUUUUUUCUAGUUCUUUUCUUCGUUGUUUCCACUAUUUACAUUCGGGGAGCAAACGUAUUCUUCACGAAGGAUGUGCAUUUCAUUUUUAACGUCUGCCAAAACAUUUUCAGUGGGAAUUUCAGUAUUAGGGACUUCAUUUCAAAUCGCUUAUUUCAAGGAGCGAAUGAAAAUACAGGUAGCUUUGCUGACGUGGCACAAAACUGGAUCCAUAAUUAUCCCAUGUACCAAGAACAAUUACAACACCAGAUGCAAAACAUGAGAGGAGACCUAGAAGGAUUUUUGGGGCAGAACAUUGAUGCUCUUCAAGGAUUUCUUGAAUCUCGCGAUCUGGAUGCUCCGUUCGAUGAUGUGCUCAACUACUUGAGAUUUAACUGA